AUGUCUUUCAAUUCACCAUUUUUCCAAUUCUUCGAUGCUAUCAACCAGGAAGUUGACCAAUUCAACAGACUGUUGAACAACUCCGGUUUCAUUGCCCCAAGACAAAUUGAGGACGAGUCUUCGGGCAACUCAAAGCAAGUGGCCAAGCAAAACCAAAAUGCCAACUCGCUAUCCAGCUUCUUCCAAGACCCAUGGUUUGCUGAUUUUGGUAAGGAUUUGAUCCCUCCAUUGGAUAUUUUGGAUCAUGAGAAGGAAUACGAAGUUCAUGUCAGUGUUCCUGGUAUCAAGGACAAGAAGGACAUUGGCUUGGAAUAUCACCAAGAAGCAAAUGAAAUUGUGAUUUCCGGUGAGAUUCCAGACAUCACAACCGAGGAGACCAAGGACUCGGCUAAGAUUAGAGAGAGAAGAUACGGUAAGUUCAAGAGAGUUGUCAGAUUGCCUAAGUACCCAGGCGUUGAUGCAGACAACAUCAAAGCAAACUACACCAACGGUGUCUUGGUCUUGACCGUUCCAAAGUUAAAGCCUUCUGAAGACGAAAAGGCAAAGGUUCGCAAGAUCGAAGUUGGUGAUGCAAAGUUGUAA